GUACUUGGAAUUGAACCUAGGUGUACUUUAUCAUUGAGCUAUAUCUGUAGUCCUUUUUAUUUUUUUACUUGUUUUUUUUAGUCUAAUUUUUUUUCAUAUUAAUACAUGAUGAUGAAAUUUGUUACAUAUUCAGUAUACAUACACAAUAUAUAUAAUCAACAAUGAUAGUUGUACAUAAUAAUGGGUUUGUUACAUAUUCGAUAUACAUGUAUGCUAUAACAAUAAAAUUUGGCCAAUUUUAUUUUUUAGUUUAGGACAGGUUCUCACUGAAUUGUGGAGGACCUAGGUACUGAGCUUAGCCUCAAACUUCAGAUCCUCCUGCCUCAGCCACCCAAGUGGCUGGGAUUAUAGCAUGCACCAUCAUGCCAGCCUGAUCUGUCUUUGGCCUGUGUCUUUGGAAUUGUAUAGAGUUGUCUGCCCUUAUGAACCACUGCUACACCCAAGGGAGGAUUGUUGAACUCAUUAAUUUGUUAGGACACUUAAAUGAUAUUUUGUAAUCAAAGCAUUCAGCACAGUUCUUUUUUGGUACCAGAGAUUUAAUUCAGGAGCGCUUUACCACUGAGCCAAUUCCUGGCCCUUUUUUGAAUUUUGAGACAGGGUCUCAAGUGUUUAGGGCUUCACUAAAUUGCUGAAGCUAGUCUCAAAUUUCCAAUCCUCCUGCCUCAGCUAGGGAGUCACUGGGAUUAUAGGCAUGCACCGCCACGACUGGCCUUGUGCUGUUCUUGAUAUGUAAUUCCUGAUAUUCAAAAACAACAUUUUUAUUCCACUGCUACCAUAUCACACCAGUCAUGAGUUGGAAUGCAAAGCCAGAAGGUGAUAUGUUACCACCGCCACCACCACCAUAUAAUAAAAGCCAGUCAUCUGUUCUGCACCAGUUUUUUAUAAACCAGCUUACCACAACAUCUCCAAGUUCUUUCAGCUAUCUUGGAAAUAAUGAAGCAUGCAUGUAUUCCAGUAAUUCAAAUCCAGUUUCACAGUAUCCCAGUAAUUCAAAUCCAGUUUUACAACCAGUGAAAAAUACCAGAAAUUAUAAUACUCCUCAAAUUCCUGUUUCUAAUACGCAAAACAGGACAGUGAUGGCCUCACAAACAUCAGUAGAAAGAAUAACAUGCACGCAAUAUACUGGACCCAGACAACCAAAUCCUAAUUUGCAAGUGUCUUCAGGAGUUUCGCAAAAUGUGUGGUUGAAUUCAUCAAUGAGGAAUUCCAUGCCUUCUCAUAUAGAGGCAACUGUAUGUCAUCAGGCUGAUGUUGGAACUAAUAUGUCUAAUGCUCAUGCACUACAGAGUCAACUUGUAUCAUCAGAUAGGUAUUCUUUGCAACUACAAAUGAACACUUCAAAUUCUAUAAGAGCUCCUGUAACUUUUCAAGAUCAGGGACUUAGCCAAUCACUAUCAGAUCGACAGGUUGAUUGGGUGCAACAGUAUACAUCAAAUGAACAGACUUAUCGUGAUUAUAGACGACCUCCAAAGCAAUACUCUUAUUCAUCACAAAGAUUUUUACAAGAGCCAGCUGUUCAGAAACAAAACAUUGCACCACAAAGCUAUUUACAAGAGCCAGCUAUUCAGAAACAAAACAUGCUAUCUACAUCAUCUCAAGUUAAAAAUUGUCAGCUUCCAACCUUAACGCACAUUUUACAGUCAUCACAGACUCUGCCUGUGUCCUCAUGUCAAUACCCUACACAAACAAACAAAAGACCCCCUCCUCUUCUUCCUUACCCUUCUGGAAAUGGAAGCCAGCCUUUGCCAAAUUCUCAACAUGUUAUAAAAAACUUGCCUAUGGAAGUUCCUCAGAGUCCUGAAGUGUGCUCAUCUGAACUAAAAGACUCAACUAAAGGCUUUCAUCAGCUCUGGCCAAACAUUAGUGAAAAUUUAAACACAAUUGGAAAUUUCUGUGAUUUGAAAGUACAUACUAAUAUUGCACAGCCUUUUAAUGAACCAGUUAGAUCUUCUGUGGAUAGUGUUCAGACUCCUGCUCAAAAUAAUCAAGAGAAAAGAAUGGAUUCCUGCAAUCCAGCUUCAAAUCGGGUACUAGACACAAAAGAAAAGUUAGUGAGAGAUAUUAAAUCAUUGGUAGAAAUUAAAAAGAAAUUUUCAGAACUUUCAAGGAAAAUUAGAAUUAAUAAAAAUCUUCUAAUGGGUUAUAGGAAAACAGCAAAUAGUUCUUGUAGUGGACCAGCUCAGCCUUCUGAAUUCUCAACCCAAGGAAUAUCUGCUAAAAGUGACAGUCACUGUUCCAUGGAAUUGCUAACAACAUGUCUCAAUCUUUGGAAGAAGACACCAACAACAGCAACAGAAGAAGCUUCAAAACCUUCAAAGGAAAAGCAGUGUAAUGAAUUAAAAACAAACACAACUGCGCAUGGAAUUUCAGUGACUACAGAGGGUGAUGAGAAGGGGUUUUGUUCAGUUGAAGGAAAUUCUCAGAAUAAAAGGGCAGAGUCAUCCCAGGAAACAACCUUGACAAUGAUAACACAAAAUUAUGACUCUUCUGGUGCAAAUGUACCCAAGGGCUCAGAACUUCAGAUUGCUAUUGUGUCACCCUUGAUUCUUUCAAAUGUCAGAUCAUUGCCUCACAAAAGAAUGACACCUGAAGCUUUACGUGAACUGGUGUAUCCAGUUAUCAAAGAAGGUAGUAUUUGUAGCUUACAAAGUCAAAUGGAAAAAAAUAAAAUAGUGGAUGCUUCAGUGAACAUCAAUGUUAACAGUCCAGUAGCCAAUACUACAAUAUCAACCAAUGCUUUUCCACUAACUCAGAAGGAAAAGCGGAAUGAGCCAACUAGUGGUAAUUCAGAACACACGUCUAAUACCAGUCAAGGAAAGCACUGUCCUCUGGGUGAUCAGCAAGCCUCAUAUAAAUCAAACAGCAUUUCUGUUGAGAGUGAUGAUAUAUUACUGAUUGAAAAUAUUUGUUCUCUUGUUGAAGGCGAUAUAACUUAUAAUUCUCAAAUAGCAAAGAUAUUCAACUCUUCCCCUUUGGAAAAGAUCGACCCACAGAAACUCUCUUCAUCCUAUCAGCAAGUGAUUAAUAGCAGUCAACAAAAAGAACAAGUAGAUAAUACCACUACAAAUAAGGACCUUGGUUUUCAAAGAGAUGAAUGUGUGCAGUGCACAGAUGUUCCUGAUGAAACAGUUGAUCAUUCGUUAUCUUUUAAGUAUAUUGAAACAAACAGAGGAAUUCCAGAGGAAAGCAAUUUAGAACAAACCAUUGAAAAGGAAAGCACAGGUGAAGAUGUAUGUUGUUCACCUCCCACGAUUCAGCAGAGUAUUUACCCUCAAGAAAUCAAGGCAGCCAGUGAUGUCACUACCCAAGAUCCUGCAAGAAAGGAGAUUCAUGAUGAUGACACACCCAUGUUUUAUCUACAUGACCAGCUCUCAGAACUUCUAAAAGAGUUUCCCUAUGGCAUUGAAGCUGUGAACUUAUAUGAAAAGUCUGGGGGCCAAAAAGUAACAGGUCAAAUCUCACAAGAUCAAACUGGCGAUAAAACUAUUUGUGAUUCUCAGGACUCCACAGACCAAAUACAUAUUACCAUAUUAAGCUCAGAACAAAUGAAAGAAUUAUUUCCCGAAGAUGGUGAACCCUGUGAUGUAGACACAGAGGAAGCCUGUGAGGUAGAUAGGUUGGCAGAAUCUCAGACAGAGAAGCCUAUAGCAGAAAGGAGCCUGUCUGUCCCACAAGCAACUACCUCAGAAGCCAGUUGUGAUUCUACAACAUGGGACCCAGAAAAAGACAAAAUCCAUUGCUGUGCAUUGGGUUGGCUCACAACGGUCUAUGAAGGAGUGCCUCAAUGCCAGUGUAAUUCCAUCAAGAGUUCCACCCCAGAGGAAGAGAAAGGGAAGGAUCACUGUUCUCCUUUGGAGACCAAGAGUUGUAAACAAGGAGAGACAACCUCAGAAAGUGAUAUCACUAUCCUUGAAUUUAAUGUUUCAGAUAAUCCAAAGACAACUCUUACUCUGGUGGCUGAGAAAAAAAAUUUUCCUGAAAUAUGUGGUGAGAGUAUAAAAAAUACAUCUGAAACAAAAAACUGCUCGCUAAGGACAGAACAGGAAUUGCCUGGUCAGUUCUCUAAAUGUGAUGGCGAUAAAAAGGACACAUCUAAAGCGAAACAGGACAGCUCCCUAAAAGAAAAAGAAUUGAAUUGUCAAUUUUCACCAAAAGGCAACAAACUAGAUGGCUUGCAAAGUAAUACAAGAAAAAGAAAAUUGAAAUUUCAUGAAGUGUCUUUUCACUUGACUAAUAAAAUGACAAUGGUUUGUGAAGAAGCUUCCCAGGUAAACCAGCAGGAGAAACACAUACCACAGAACUCUCAUCCACUCCAAGUGAAAACUAAAGAGCUACAUAGGAGGAAUGGUUCUUUGGGACAUUCAUUAUCACCAGAAAAGAAAAAAUUUAAGUUUAGGGUAGGUACCUCCAAACAAAGACAUACAGAAGAAAGAAAGUUAGCCCAAGGGAACAUACUGGAUGGGGAGAUAAACAAGGAAAAAUCUGAUAAACAGGAACAGAAGAAAAAUGUGGGAGGUGCACUCAAAUUCUGUAAUAUUUUGUCAAACCCUAAUGAGAGAGACAGUGUUAAAGAAAACACAAAGUCCUCAGACUUGAAGCAUAAUUCAUCUAAGAAAAUCAUAACACCGCAGGAAUAUUUACAAAGGCAGAAGCAUAAAGAAUGGAUGGCCAACAAAACAUCAGAGAAGACAUGUGUUAACAAUGUACCACAUGAUUCUGAUGGGAGGCCCAGUCAGCUUCCUGUGCAGAUGGGGAACUCUGGGAAACCAGGCAGUAGUACAGAGGCUUCUAAAGAACCAGCAAAUGUGUUGACCAGCAAUGUUAAAAGCCUCAAAUUCCACCAUUCUGAGAAGUCUAAGAAUGACAGUUCAAGGAAUGUUAAAGGAAGAGCUGAGCGCAUGCUGCCUGACAAAGUGUGUACUGAUAAAACCAAAGCUGACCAAAAAUCCACCAAUACAAGUAGUGAAGUUGAAUUCCACCAAAUGCCUCCCCAAGCAAACAAGCAAAGAAAGUUGUAUCUGAACAGAGUUGCGUUUAAGUGCACGGAACAGAAAAGCAUUUGUCUCACCCAGUAUGACAGUUCACCACCCCAAAAGCUUCAGAAAGACAAAGAGCAGGAAAAGAACCCUCAGAACUCUUCUCCUGUGAAAGACACCACAGUAAAACCAAGCAUGUUAGAGUUUAAAUUAUGUCCAGAUGUACUGUUAAAGAAUGAAAACUCUGUCAAAAAAGGGAAUGAUCAGAAGCCUCAUUCUAAGGAGCAAGAGCAAGCCCCCGUGCAAGUUUCAGGAAUAAAAAGUACAAAAGAAGAUUGGAUAAAAUGUGUGACUGUGAAGAAAAGGAAGCAGGAAACCAGCCAAGAAACAGGACCCUUUAUAAUGAGCAGCAACUCUACCUCUGCAGCAAACGGAAAUGAUAGCAAGAAGUUCAAAGGUGACAGCAAGAGUGCCAGUGUCCAGCCCCCUGUGAUCCACAUCAACAAGCUGCCCAGUGAAGUCACCAAGGGCGAGGUACUCUCCCCAAACCGAGCACAAGCUGAAGUGGCCCUGCAGGCUGGGAACUCUGUCCAUUCGGCGAACCUGACCUGUGCAAAUCAGGGAUCUGACGAGCUUUUCUCUACGUGUGUCACUGAAGGACCCUUUAUAAUGAGCAGCAACUCUACCUCUGCAGCAAACGGAAAUGAUAGCAAGAAGUUCAAAGGUGACAGCAAGAGUGCCAGUGUCCAGCCCCCUGUGAUCCACAUCAACAAGCUGCCCAGUGAAGUCACCAAGGGCGAGGUACUCUCCCCAAACCGAGCACAAGCUGAAGUGGCCCUGCAGGCUGGGAACUCUGUCCAUUCGGCGAACCUGACCUGCGCAAAUCAGGGAUCUGACGAGCUUUUCUCUACAUGUGUCACUGAAGGACCCUUUAUAAUGAGCAGCAACUCUACCUCUGCAGCAAACGGAAAUGAUAGCAAGGAGUUCAAAGGUGACAGCAAGAGUGCCAGUGUCCAGCCCCCUGUGAUCCACAUCAACAAGCUGCCCAGUGAAGUCACCAAGGGCGAGGUACUCUCCCCAAACCGAGCACAAGCUGAAGUGGUCCUGCAGGCUGGGAACUCUGUCCAUUCUGCGAACCUGACCUCGGCCACAGCUGUGGAUGCAGGGAUGACAAUAGCUGGGCACAGCCCUGUGCUCAGGAUCAUCAUAAAGAACGUCUUCUUCCCUGUGACCCUGGAUGUACUGCACCAGACUUUCUCCAAGUUCGGCACAGUCCUGAAAAUCAUCAAGUUCAUCAGCAACAACCAAUCCCAGGCAUUACUGCAGUACGCAGAUCCUGUGAGCGCCCAGCAAGCCAAGCUGUCACUGGACAGGCAGAACAUCCUUGAUGGCUACUGCACACUACGCAUCUACUUCUCCAAAAUCACCAACCUCAAGGUCAAGUACAACAACGACAAAAGCCAUGACUACACACGCCCAGACCUUCCCUCUGGGGACAGCCACCCUCCACAGGAACAGACCAUGGCCACAACCUCUCUGUAUGCAGGACCUGGGUUCCCUCCAACCUUUACAAUUCCUCAAGCCGUGGUUCUUUCUGAUCCUAAUGUGCAUAGAGCCCCAGCCCUGUUGCCCACCCCAAGCCUGGCAGGGCCUGGGAACUCCAUUCUGCUGGUCAGCAACCUCAAUCCCAAAAGAGUCAGACUCCAAAACCUCUUUAUUCUUUUCGGCCUCUAUGGUGAUGUGCAGCGGAUAAAGAUGUUCUUCAACAAGGAGAACGCGCUUGUGCAGAUGACAGAUGGGAACCAGGCCCUGCUGGCUAUGAAGCACCUGAACGGGUUAAAGCUGCAUACGAAGCCCAUCCACAUCAUGCUGUCCAAGCAUCAGAGCUUAGAUCUGCCCCACGAGGUACAGGAGGGCCAGGGCCUCACCAAGGACUUCAGCAACUCUCCACUGCACCGCUUUAAGAAGCCCGACUCCAGAUCCCUCCAGAACAUCUUCCCGCCCUCCGCCACCCUGUUCCUCUCCAACAUCCCACCUUCCCGAACAGAGGAAAACCUCAAGGUCCUGUUCUCCAGCACUGGGGGCGUGGUCAAGAGGUUCCAGUUCUUCAAAAAGAACCGUAAGCUGGCGCUGAUCCAGAUGGGCUCCGUGGAGGAGGCAGUGCAUGCGCUCAUCAACCUGCAUAAUCUUUACCUGGACAAGAAGCACCAUCUGUGGGUCUCUUUUUCCAAGUUCACGUCUUUGGCUGGGCUCCCUGGAGCCACUUCCAUCAUUCCAAAAAAAGCCAUAUUAAGAAGAAGCAGCUGAAGUGACCCUAACAGACCAGAGAUUUUAUUGUUCUAAAGAGAGAAGUCAGUUUACUUUUUUAAAAAAUAAACUUAAUCUAGCUCACCUUGCUGACAAAGAAACAUGAGCCAUUACUGGCUCAGGCUGUAGCUCAGUGGUGAAGGACUUGCCUAGCAUAUAUAAGCACCUGUUGUCCCAGCAACACAGGAGACCAAGGCAGGAAGAUCCCAGGUUCCCGGCCACCCUCAAGGACUUGGCAAGACCCUGUCUCAAAAUAAAAAGGGCUGAGAUUAAAUGCACUCCUGCACACACACACACACACACACA